UCAAAUUGGCUGAGCAUCGCGAUGGAGAACUUUACGAACGAAUCUCUUUACGUCCUGGUGGACUACGGCCCAAAACGCGAUAGUUUAUACAUAGUUAUACCCAUAACGGUCUUAUACGCGAUUAUUUUCAUAUCGGGAUUAACCGGCAACAUAAGUACGUGUAUAGUGAUAGCAAAAAAUAAAACGAUGCACACUGCAACAAAUUACUAUUUAUUUAGUUUAUCAAUUUCGGAUUUGUUACUUUUAGUUUCGGGAUUACCACAAGAGAUGUAUCAAAUUUGGUCGCGUUAUCCUUACGUUUUCGGUUACACUUUUUGUUUGCUUCGGGGAUUUUUUUCGGAGACUUCAGCGAACGCAACCGUUUUAACGAUUACAGCUUUUACCGUUGAACGGUAUGUUGCGAUUUGCCACCCGUUUUUAUCGCAUACAAUGGCUAAAUUGUCGCGUAUCACAAAAAUGAUUGUAUUUAUUUGGUUGGUUGCGAUUGGUUUUGCAAUUCCCCAAGCUUUGCAAUUGGGAGUGCAAGAACAAAUAUACGGCGAUCCAGAAACGAUUCAGUGUUUGACGGUGUAUCCCAUCAUCGAGCAUUCUUUUGAAGUCUCAACCUUCCUAUUUUUUUGUGCCCCAAUGACUUUAAUCACUGUACUUUAUGUUUUAAUCGCGAUUAAAUUAAAAAAUUCAACCAAUAUGUUAAACAGAGAUAGUUCAGACUCGAGAAGGUCAGGUGGAAAUAUUUAUAUUUGUCCAAAUCGCAAGCAUCAUAACAAUCAAUCAUCGAGGAGGGUUUUAAAAAUGCUUGUGGCUGUUGUGGUGGCCUUUUUUAUUUGCUGGGCUCCAUUCCACGCUCAACGUUUAUUCGCUAUUUAUGUGACUCCACCAAGCGACAGCAUCGAUAAAAGGAGGAUUUAUUUGAAAAUUUACGAAAUUAUGACCUAUAUAAGUGGAGUUUUAUAUUAUGUUUCAACAACCAUCAACCCGGUGUUAUAUAACAUCAUGUCCAACAAAUUUCGAGAAGCUUUCAAAGAAACCUUCUCGCAAUGGUGUUGCUGGAAAUGUUGCGAUGAGAGACUUGAAAUCGGACAGCAAAGAUCUUACGCGGUUGUUUCAAAAUCGGCGAACCGAAUCGGUAAGGAAUCGACCGAUUCAGGACGCGAAGACGGUAGCGUCCACACCAACACGACACUCGUCCAUAAGAAUUCUGUAGGGAGUAGCACAAGUAAAUCUCGAAAAAGAUCAUAUGAAUCAUCGCACGAUGACGACGAUCAGAACGUGGUAUCAAUGUCUUGGACAAAAAGUAGAUCGAACGUUAAACUAACGGUAGCGCCAAAAACCGAUUACGAAAAUGUUCAACCGAAUACGAAGUUAGUUUCGGUACAGAUAUUGAACCCUGUACCGCAAAGACCGCUUACAAAGUUCGUUCGUCUGUUUCAUUGCUUAGCCAAAAUGACAUGGGACGAGGAAAAACGGACUCAACAAGGAGCGACGACGGCGAUAACCACAUCAAUUGGAAAUUUGAAAAAGGGAAACGUCGGCGUCGUCGACGACGGAUUUUGUCCGGAGGAAUUGAGCUCGUUAGCUUCAGGGGAAAUCAGCAACAGCAGCCUGAAGAACAUCGACGGGGGGUCGUUUAAAGAUGAAGUCGUUUAUGUAUUAGCUUCUAGGUAAGAUCAUUUAAAAGUUAAAUCGAAACAAAGCUAACAAAGAUGAGUUGAAGGCUGUUUCGCAAUGACAUCUAUGGUUAAGUAAAAAUUAUUAUUAAAAAGAAUUAAAAUUUGAAUAUGUCUAGUACCACAAAAAAACUUAAUCUUACAAUUAGUUUCAAGGUGGUAAACAAGAUUAAAAUAGUCUGUAUACAUAGGAAAUGAUUAUUUUUGUCGGUGAAUUACAACAAAUUAACUAUGAGUAAUUUAAAUAAUUGGUUAUGAUUUAAGCUAUUGAAUAAUUAAAUUUAUUUUUAUAUAUUUAUUAUUUUCUAAUAUAUUAACUUAUAUUAGAACACCAUUGAAAAGUCAACGGUUAUUUAUUUCGUUAAAACAUUGCUUUUAACGAUGUUUAAUCCACCAAAUGUCAGUGGUGAAAUGUUCCUAAUUCCCCAUUUAAUCGAAAUUCCUAGUAAUGAUCGAUUUAAUCCGGAAUUUCGUCCUCAAAUUCGCUUUGAUAAUGUUCCAUUAACGUCAAAUAAUCCGUACAUCUCCUUUAACAUUUCUAUUUUAUUACUUAUUUGUGUAAGUUUAAUAAAGCAUAUUUAGUAACAAAUACAUGUUGAAUUUUAGGGUUUUUAUAAAACACCUAAAAUCUCGUAUAUGGCUGUAAAUACGUUAGAUUAUCACUUAAGUAGAUGAAUUAAUUGUAAAUCAACUAGUCGUUUAUAAAUAAAUGUAUCUAUUGCUGUAUGCUAUUACAUUAAAACAGGGUAAAUUAAAAAUAAUGCAACUAAUAGCAUAUCUGUUCCUCAAUAUUGUUAAUAAUUCCGUAAUUUUUUUUCCAAGACACUUUAUAAGACAU